GUGCCGUGUACGAAAUUUUACUGCUAUAAUUGUAACCUUAUUUUCACUGAAUGAGCAUCCGAUAGUCUCUUUGGCUUCUCGUCUCUACAACUUAUUAUCUACCACCAGAAUCAUUGGAGAAAGUCGUGGCUCGGGUACAAAUCAAUCUGCGUGUAUUUGUGGUUCCUUGAUGCAUUCCAUGUUGUCCUUAUUGUAUAUGGACUGUACUACAUAACAGUGACCAAUUUCGGUAACACAGCAAUGCUUCAAUAUGGUACACUGUGGCCAAUUCGCUUGCAAUUCGUAAUUACCGAAAUUGUUAGUAUAAGUGUUCAUUGCCUUUAUGCUCAUUGCAUCUGGACUUUAAGCCGCCAGGGAAGAACGAAAUGGAUAUUUUCAGCAGUGUGUAUUGCAGUAACUAUCUCAACAGGGUUCUCGUUUUACCUUUGCUAUCAUUCAUAUCUGAACACGGCUCCUCCUGGAAGCACAGCGGCAAUGGUGUCAUCCAUAGCCAUUGUAGGAUUCACAGACCUACUCAUUGCAAUCUCCAUGUGCUAUCUUUUGAGAGUUUCAAGGACUGGAUUUGGCAGAACGGAUACAAAACUCGAAAUACUUUCCGUAUACGCUUUAAGUUCUGGUUGUGUUACAAGCUUGGUCUCCAUGUUUGCUUUUAUAACUUGCAUAGCCAUGCCUUCUAACUUGAUUUAUAUGUUGGGGGAAUGCAUGCUCACCACGCUCUAUGUCAACUCCUUCAUGGCCAUUAUGAACUCGGAUUAUUAUCAAGGUGACAAGCAAAAAGCUUUAUUCUCUGGGAUUGCUCCGCAAAGCGCCAUCCAUAACGACAGCCAACAACGUCAAGUCACUUUCAUAGAAAAUGAAGGUGAUGCAAAAGGUGGCGAGAUUACUGAAAGUGGCACUAAGCACUAUCCUACGCUUCCCCCCUCGUCGGUCUCUAAAUCCCGUCGAGGGCCCGUAGAAGUGGUUAUAGAAAUGGAGCACAUAUGUCAUGAGAUCUGAAAUGUAAUCUUGGACAUCUAGAACAUUCUUCUGAAUUUAUGACUACUACACUUAGGUUUCCCUGGUUCACUUGCAAGUAUGCAGACAUUUCAUCCAUUCUUGCAAAUUGGAACGAUAAUCGCAUUAUUCUCCAUUUUUAU